CAUCAUAAACCCUCCGAUUCACUUCCUGGUGACACUCUAGAGCUGCCCAAGCUUGUAGUGGCCUAGAGGAUCACAGAGCAAAGCCAACAUCCAGAUAUGCUGGGGCAUCAGGAUACUCCUCUGGGUAUGUUACGGCAGGGCAGGAGGUGUCUGCGAUGUGGGGAACUGUUGAUUGAGUCCCAAGAGCACGGUUCUCAGCUGGGAUGUCAGUGUUACACCCCGCUUACAGAGUCUGUUAUUCAAAUGAGCGAGAAGGGCGAUGAGAGGUUUGAUAAACCCCAAUGGAUGCCCGGACGUUUGGGAGAUAUUGAUUUUGUUGGAGUCAGUCGGACCAGGGGCAAGUUUGUCAGGGUAACCAGCUCCACAGAUCCAGCUGAAAUCUACCAGAUGUUGACUAAGCAGUGGGGUCUGGCCCCUCCUCAUCUGGUGGUGGCAUUGAUGGGAGGUGAUGAACUGGCACAGAUGAAGCCCUGGCUGAGGGACACACUUAGGAAAGGCCUUGUGAAGGCAGCACAGAGCACAGGGGCAUGGAUCCUCACCAGUGGUUUGCGUUUUGGCAUCACCAAGAACCUGGGUCAGGCUGUAAGGGACCACUCUCUAGCGAGCACUUCCCCUAAGGUGAGAGUGGUGGCUAUUGGAAUUGCUCCCUGGAACAUGAUUCAGAACAGAGAUCUUCUGCUGGCUGCAAGGCCUGAUCAUCCAGCACAAUAUCCAUUUGAGGAUCUUCCGCACGGUGCAGUGUACUCUUUGGACUGCAAUCAUUCUCAUUUCAUUCUGGUGGACGAGGACCCACAGAGACCUGGAGCCACUGGUGAGAUGAGAGUCGAGAUGCUCAAACACAUCUCUCUGCAGCGCACAGGAUAUGGGGGAACAGGCAGUAUAGAAAUCCCUGUCUUAUGUCUUCUGGUUCACGGAGAGCCAAGGAUAUUGCAGAAAAUGUACAAGAAUAUUCAGAAUUCAAUACCCUUGCUGAUUUUAGCUGGCUCAGGAGGAGUCGCGGAUAUUUUAGUGACCCUGAUGGACAGAGGUUGCUGGGAUGCUGACAUGGUCCAAGAGCUGUUGUUAAACACCUUUACCAAUGGCCUACACAGCAGUGAAAUCCUUUCUUGGAUCAAACUGAUCCAGAGAAUAUUGGACCACGGUCACCUGCUGACAGUUCAUGACCCAGAGCAGGACUCAGAACUGGACACAGUAAUUCUCAAAGCUCUGGUUAAAGCUUGUAAGAGUCAAAGUCAAGAAGCACAGGACUUUCUGGAUGAGCUGAAACUGGCUGUGGCCUGGAAUAGGGUGGACAUUGCUAAAAGUGAGAUCUUCAGUGGAGACAUAGCAUGGAGUGCUCAGGACCUGGAGGAGGUGAUGAUGGAAGCAUUGAUAAAUGACAAGCCUGACUUUGUGCGUUUGUUUGUGGAUAACGGCGUGAACAUAAAUGAAUUCCUAACUUACGGCCGUCUUCAGGAACUCUACUGUUCUGUUUCUGAAAAAAACCUCCUUCACACCCUGCUCCUGAAAAAGCAUCAGGUUCAUAUGGCCAACAAACGGAUGUCAGGACACCCUCACACUGAACCCGGUGACCGCAGGCCUCGUUUCACCUUCCAUGAGGUCUCCAAAGUCCUCAAAGACUUUCUUGAUGACACCUGUAGGUGUUUUUACCAAAAACUUCCAGCGGAGAGGAUGGGGAAAGGCCGGCUUUUCCACAGUCAGAAAAACCUCCCAGACAUGGACCGUCGUUGUGAUCACCCUUGGAGAGACCUGUUCCUUUGGGCUAUCCUGCAAAAUAGGCAGGAAAUGGCAAACUACUUCUGGGCAAUGGGCCCGGAGGCCGUGGCAGCUGCUCUGGUGGGCUGUAAGAUAAUGAAGGAGAUGGCCCAUCUGGCUACUGAAGCAGAGACAGCUCGCAGUAUGAAGAAUGCUAAAUACGAACAGUUUGCUAUGGAUCUGUUCAGUGAGUGUUAUUCAAACAGUGAAGACAGAGCCUAUUCACUCCUGGUGAGGAAAACAUGCUGCUGGAACAAAGCAACGGUCCUGAAUCUCGCCACUUUGGCAGAUGCCAAAUGCUUUUUUGCUCAUGAUGGUGUCCAGGCCCUGCUGACCAAAGUCUGGUGGGGAGCCAUGAGAACAGACACUUCCAUCUCUAGACUCUUGCUCACGUUCUUCAUGCCGCCCCUCGUUUGGACCAACCUCGUCAAGUUCAAUGCAGAGAAGAAAGUGAGCAAAGGUGAAGGAGAGCCGUUUGAAGAGCUGGACAGUUUGGAAACAGAGCAGGCCUUGUUACUCACAGAAGAGGACCCAGCUGCUGCUGAAGGUGGUGGUGAUUCUGCAGUGCGGAGCUGCAGUGCAGCUUUCAUUUAUGUGAUGCUGCAGAAGUGGAAUCGUUUCUGGAGCGCUCCGGUCACUGUGUUCAUGGGGAAUGUCAUCAUGUACUUCGCCUUCCUCAUUCUGUUCAGUUACGUGCUCCUUUUGGACUUCAGGCCUCCACCGCCACAUGGCCCGUCUGCAGCUGAAAUUAUCCUCUACUUCUGGGUCUUUACCCUUGUGUUGGAGGAAAUCCGUCAGAGUUUCUUCACGGAUGAGGACAUGAGUAUUUUUAAGAAGAUGAAGCUGUAUGUAGAGGAUAACUGGAACAAAUGUGACAUGGUGGCCAUCUCUCUUUUCGUGGUUGGAUUGUCAUGCAGGAUGGCCACGAGCACAUAUGAGGCUGGUCGUACUGUUCUUGCUUUGGACUUCAUGGUUUUCACCUUAAGACUCAUUCACAUUUUUGCCAUCCAUAAGCAACUCGGGCCUAAAAUCAUCAUUGUGGAGAGAAUGAUCAAAGAUGUGUUCUUCUUCUUGUUCUUCCUGACCGUGUGGCUGAUAGCGUAUGGAGUGACGACACAAGCCCUUCUGCACCCCGAUGAUCCACGCAUCGACUGGGUCUUCCGCAGGGCACUGUACCGCCCAUACCUCCAUAUAUUUGGACAGAUUCCUCUGGAGGAAAUAGAUGCGGCAAAGAUGCCAGAUGAUAACUGCACCACUGAUGUGCAGGAGAUCAUCUCAGGCACUCUGCCUCCCUGCCCAAACAUCUACGCCAACUGGCUGGUCAUCCUGCUGCUCGUCAUCUAUCUGCUGGUCACAAAUGUGCUGCUGCUCAACCUUCUCAUUGCCAUGUUCAGCUACACCUUCCAGGUGGUGCAGGAGAAUGCAGACAUCUUCUGGAAGUUCCAGCGUUAUAACCUGAUUGUUGAAUACCACAGCCGGCCGGCGUUAGCUCCGCCCUUCAUCAUCAUCAGCCACAUCUCUCAAGCUCUCCUCAGCCUCGUCAAAACUACAGAAACCAAGCAGGAUCUGCUGGAGAGGGAACUAUCGGCUGGACUGGACCAGAAGCUGAUGACAUGGGAGACGGUGCAGAAGGAGAACUACCUGGCUGAGCUGGAGCAUGAGCACAGGGAGAGCAGUGCAGAGAGACUACGAUACACUUCCUCGAAGGUACAGAGUUUGCUGAGGAUGGUUGGGGGUUAUAAGGAGCAAGAAAAGCGCCUGGCUACGGUGGAGACUGAGGUGAGGUACUGUGGAGAGGUGCUGUCUUGGAUUGCAGAGUGUUUCCACAAAAGUACUCUGAAGUGUGACAGAGACGCACCUACACCCCCACGGUCCAUUGGCAGCUCCAGAAUUCCUCAUUCACAGGAAGCCAAGCGACAGCAGCCCUCGGGACAUUCAGGAUAUGGUGCCGACAAGAAACUGCCUUACAUUGAUCAGUGAUCUGGCCACGUUAUUAUGCAUUUGUUUUAUUUAAAUGGAAAUAGAAUUAUAGUAGUCUAGUAUAGGUUUUUUUAAUUGAGACUUCAGGCCUCAACACGAGAGACUCACUAUGCAGAUAUUCUGAUUCUGAGUUUUUUUCUUUGUGCAUUAUAUAUUUUGCAGCUAAAUAGCUCUAAAUUAUUAUUAUCAUUAUUUUCUAUACAAUAAAAUGUUAAUUGAAAUUGUGUUGUUAUUAUUUUGUAGUUAGAAGAAUAUUAAUUUUCUAUUUGCCCUUCUAUCACAGCCUGGCCAGACUGUAUCAGAAAAAAUGAACUUUGUGAAUUGAAUUAUCAUUGUAAGGCACUGUAUGAAUGCUACAAAGUCCUAAACUUCCUCGUUUCAAUAGGCUUUUACAAUUAAUAAAUAUAUGAUAUGUACACCACCAUUCAAAAGUUUGUGAUUGGUAAGAUUGGUUUUGAAAGGCUCUUGUGCUCACCAAGGCUGCAUUCAUUUAAUGGAAAGGGGGAAAAUCCCAGUCAAAACAGCAAUAUUGUAAAAUAUAGUUCAAGUUGAAGUUGAUCAAAAAAGUUCAUCAAAGUUUUCCUAAGACGUGAAUGCAUUUUAGUUUUAGGUUCUAGGAGUUUGAUGAAAGGUUUCAAACCGCCUUAAAUGUUGACUACUGUAUUUUAAAUGUCAUUUAUUUCUGUGCUGGCGAUUAAAAAUGGUUGUGAUAGACUUUUUAUAGGAUUCUUAAAAAAUUUAAAGUUAAAAAGAAAAACCCUAA